UGCGCUUGAAACAGCACGGAGUAACAGCGCUCCGCAAGUCCGCAUCAUGGCCGAGCACAGGAGGGUGCCCCGGUGACUGGAGCCACUGCCCCUCUGCCUGCCCUCAUCGGCUGAGGUGCCCCUCUCACGAAACCCACCCCCGCUAUCACCGCAGCUCAACGCGUUUAGUAACCGCUCCGCUAAAGAUCCACUGAUUCCGCGAAUCGACUCACAAUCUGUGUGCCGCUCUCUGGAGACGACAGUUCUUCCCGAAGUUUGUUGCAUUAACAGGUAGAUGCAUUACAAUCCACAUUACAGUCUUGAUAUGCUGAAUUAGCAAUUUGGUAGUUUGUUUUUGUAUUUGCUCUCGGUCUUCAACCAGUCGUAACAACUUAGAAUAUCCACGUUCUUAGAAUGGUUAAUCAAAUUAUUGUACCCGAUCAGAUCUAAUAUAAAUAACACAAAAUUUGCUGUUGUUUCUACACUUUGUAGAAACAAAAAAAAAAAAAAAAAAACAAUGCCUUCACAAAAAAGGAGAAAGAGAGAGAAAGAGCAAAGGGAGGCUGCUAAAGUCAGUUCAACAUCGCAAACACGAAUUCAAAGCUCAGCAAGCAUCAGGUAAAUCAUCAUAUAGAAUAUUUAGCAGUUUGUCACACUUUAAUUCUUGCUAUUAAGUAUUUUUUCCCAUUAUAAUAACUUGUCUUAGUUACUAGUAAUCUAACACAUUUAUAAUAUUGUAUUAAAACCAUAUUAAUAGGCCUAUAAUAGUUAAAAAGGUAAUGUUCUAAAUGAGCUGUUUAUUUGUAUAUAAUAUAGAUUUAUGCUGUACAAUAUUGAAUUAAAUGUCUAAUACUUAUACUUCCAUUGAAGAUGAGGCAGAAGCAGGCUCAGAGAGUGAGGAAGAGCCAACUCUAUCAAAACAUCUACAAUAAAGUCUGAAAUUAUUGCAGUGCUGUCUUCUCUUUUAGUUGUACACUAUGCAGUCAAAAGUUUUUGAACAGUAAGAUUUUUAAUGUCUUUUAAAGCAGUCUCUUCUGCUCACCAAGCCUGCAUUUAUUUGAUCCAAAGUAGCAAAAACAGUAACAUUCUGAAAUAUUUCUUACUGUUUAAUUCUAUUUAAUAUUCUAUUUGAAUGUUUUAAAAUGUAAUUUAUUCCUGUGAUUUCAAAGCUGAAGCUUUAGCAUCAUUACUCACAUGAUCCUUCAGAAAUCAUUCUCAUAUUCUUAUUUGCUGCUAAAAAACAUUUAUUAUUAUUAUUAUUAUGUUGAAAACAGCAGAGUAAAAUUGUUUUCAGGUUUCUUUGAUGAAUAGAAAGUUCAGAAGAACAGAAUUUAUCUGAAAUAGAAAUAUUUUGUAACAUUAUAAAUUCUUCAUUCAUUAUAAAGUCUUUCUCAUCACUUUUGAUCGAUUUUAAAGCAUCCUUGCUAAAUAACAGUAUUAAUUUAUAUAAUUUCUUUCCAAUAUACUGACUCCAAGCUUUUGAAUGUUUGUAGUGUAUAAAUGCUGAUCUUUGGAUAUUUCUAUUCAUCAAAGAAUCCUGAAAAACAACUUACUCAACUGUUUUAAAUAUUGAUAAUAAUAAUAAUAAAAAUUGUUUCUUGAGCAGCAAAUCAGAAUAUUCGAAUGAUUGGUGAGCAGAAGAGACUUCUUUAAAAAAAACAUUAAAAAUCUUCAAAAAACUUUUGGCUGGUGUAUAUUUGUAACAACUGGAUAAUUUGUAUUAACAAGCACCCACCCCCUUAGUGCCACUUUUUUUUGGUUUGGCCAUUGCCCCUCAAAAUGUCUGUGAACGGCCCUGGUCCGCAUAGAAAGGUUCAAAGCACAAAGUGAAGAGAUAUUAAUGUGUAGUGUAUUAAAUCUGUGCGAUAGUUUAUUGAGCCUCUUCUUUUAACAGUUUUAAAUUUCAGUUACUGUGCUCGUUAAGAACAUAGUGCUCUCUAGUCCAGUGUUGUGAAAACAGCACGAAGAUAAAGUCCUGCAAGAUAAAGUCCUUUUAUGCAAAACCAUUUAUCUUUAUUUACAGAUCAAUAUUAGGAACAUUUAAUAAUCUUGCAGAGAGUUUCAUCGUCUUGACUCUAGUAACCGAAUGUGACACGCAGUUUGAACGCUGAACGGAAGAUGACACACAGCCGCAGAGAGAAGGGUUUACAUGAACUUGACUUAAAUAUUCAUCCGUACCUCACAUUAAACUAUGCAACGGCUUCAUAACACUUGAAAUAUAGUGCACGGAAACUUUAUGGUGUUUUAUAAUGUGUUUGUAGCUUUUGUGGGGCUUAAUAAUAACACAAUAGUAUACGCACAAUAUCGGAUUUGGAUCGGUCUCGUCUGAUUGAUACCCCGAUCCGGCAGAAAAUGCCAAUAUCGGAGCGAUACCGAUACUGAAUAUCGGAUCGGCGCUCCCCUAGUUGACCACUACAAUAUGGCGGACGGCUUUCAUAUAGCGGCCCAUAGAAACAGUCGCUAAUGAGGCAUCUACAUAUACAUAUCUAUGUUUUACGGAUCCCAUGCGAAAAAAAAAAGUGUAUUUUACCCCCCAGAAUGCGUUUUUACAGUUGAACCCCCCUCGAAACGCAAUUGGGCUAGUUUUGAGCUAGUUUUGAAUGGAAACUGGGCGAGUUUUGUGUGCUACAGCAGCAUAGCACACAUUGAUUGGCACAUGCGCAUUACAGACAGGCAGAGAGCCGCAGAAGUGAAGCCCUCCCUGGCUCCCUCCCUCAGUUGUGUUCGUCUUGAUCUGGAGGUGAGUGGUGUAAUGAACAAACGACUAAGCUACCUGUGCCUCUAAUUUACAGCUAAUUAUCCAAAAGGCAAAUAUAGUUAAUUUGUCUUGCUAACAUCCACUCAUGUGACUCAUGUGCUACAUGUAAUAAGUUGGCAUACAGGCUAACUUAAUGGAGAAACGACAGCUGAAUACAGUAAAAUUAAUAACGUCAUCAGAAUCGCCACAUUGAUAUUCAAAUCAGGCGUUAGGUAAUUAAAAUGCGCUAAUUUGCAUACAUUUGACACAAGGCAUUGCAGAUGAAUAGGAUAAACAAAAUAACUAAAUAUAUACUUGAAAAUAGUAGAAUAGAAAACAUGCACAUUGUGGCUUCCUUUCCUUUUUGGGUGAAUGGGAGGGAAUUAAAAUAAAUUGGUAACUAGAGUAAGUCAGAGUUGUGUUAAUAUAUUUAACAUUUUGUUUAGAAAAAAAUAAAUAUGAGAAGUUCCCUUUUUUCAAAAUUCAAAAAGACAAUUGUUUUCUGGCCAUUGAUCCUGGUGACUCAACUCAACUAUGAUUUAAUGCUGCCUUCACGUGCUAUCGGUCGGAAAUUGGAAAUGAAAGGCCUCCCUAUAGUCCUACUUACAACUGGGAAACUGAGAUAAUAAAUAAAAAAAUAAAUAAUAAAAAUGAGAUAGAAAACUAUUAUUUUAUAUUGUAAACCUAUUUCACAAUAUUACAGUUUUUUUUAAUGUGUUGAAUAAAUGUAGACUUGAUGAGCAGAAGAGAGAGAGAGAAAAAAACAAAACAUUAAAAAUCUUACCGAUCCCAAACGUUUGAAUGAUAUUGUGUACUAUAAAUUUAAAAAGCAAAGGUUUACUAAUCAAACAGAGUCUGACGUUGUGCGGAAACAUGAAGAAACAGUAAAGGCCACAGAAGGUACAUGAUUAUUUUCUCACGGGAAAUAUUGGAAACAGCAGAGACAAACACAAUUCACCACUGAAUUACUUACAAAACAUCUCGCCUGUCCCUUAAAUAAUGACCGAAUCAGGCCAGCGAUUGUGAAACUUGGAUCAAAUGCUGUUUAAUCAUAUUUGAAAGCAAAAAAAAAAAUCUGUAUCUUUACCGCAACAAAUGCAUUUAAACAAGAAUCGUCUGUAAUAUCUGGACUAAGAUUAUUGUAAUACAAAUCAAUCUUCAAUUCAUCUUUUCUCACAUACUUCCUUCUGUUUUUCAGUCAACAAUUUUCAGAGCCUGAUGGGAGGGAGAAAGUUAAUCUGAGGCCAGCCAAACACAGAAAGUAAAAGAUUAAUGAGAAAUUAGUAUUGUAGUGUGAUGGAAACCGUUAUAUUUGAUGGUAUAUCUAUUUUCCUUAUGUUCUAUUUGCACAGGUGUUAGUAUCUGUGUAUGUGUCUAAAUCUUUUGUCAGCAUUCCUCUAACAGGGGGAGGGCUGUGACCAGUUAGAGCUAAUCUGAGAAGAUACUGUUGAAGGUCAAGAUCCUUGGACUGUGUUUAUCAGUAGAAGAGACUGUCUCCUGUCUUUCUCACAGAGCGUCUGUGUUUUUCACUCUCGGUCUUGCAUUUAAAAACAGAUUUAGAAUUUCAGUGGUAGCCUAAUUAAAAAUUGGUUUUCUUUUCUUUUUUUAAGCUCUGUUGUUAUCGAUCAUUAAGCCGUUAUUCUGCCUCAGAAGUCUGUCUGAAAUCACUUUUGGGAGGAACCGUGAACACAGAGUCUUUCAGACGAAGCCGCAGCGAGUCUUCUGAGGAGAGACAGCAGAUUGCUGGAGCUCAAACAGUGAAAAUGGCUUCACUGUCUGAUGAAGAUUUUUCUUGUCCCGUGUGCUUUGAAAUCUUCAAGACUCCUGUUCUUCUGUCAUGUAGUCACAGUGUCUGUAAAGAGUGCCUUCAACAGGUCUGGAGAACCAAGAAAACUCAGGAGUGUCCCGUCUGCAGGAGAAGAUCCUCAAAACGUUGCCCUCCGUGUCAUCUUGCGUUGAAAAACUUGUGCGAGUCGUUCCUGAAGCAGAAAAAGGAGAGGCUUUCAUCAGGAUCUGAGGAGAUCUGCGGUUUACACAGUGAGAAACUCAAACUCUUCUGUCUGGAGGACAAACAGCUGGUGUGUUUGGUGUGCAGAGAUUCACAGAAACACGUCAAUCACACAUUCAGACCCAUCAGUGAAGCCGUUUCAUCAUGUAAGGAGGAGCUCAAUACAGCACUGACAUCAUUACAGAAGAAACUUCAACGCAAUAAAAACAUUAAAGGAGGGUUUGAGGAAACAGUUCGACACAUCACGUCUCAAGCUGAGCACACAGAGCAUCAGAUUAAACAGCAGUUUGAGAAGCUUCAUCAGUUUCUCAGAGAUGAAGAAGAAGCUACAAUCACUGCACUGAGGGAGGAAGAGGAGCAGAAGAAGCAGAAGCUGGAGGAGAUGAACAGACACAUCUCAGCUCUUUCACACACAAUCAAAGACAUGGAGGAGAUGAUGAAAGCCAGUGAUGUCUGCUUUCUGAAGGAGUUUCCAGUCUCAAUGGAAAGUGUCCAGAUCUCAUCAGAGCCGGAUCCACAGAUGCCUUCUGGAGCUUUGAUUCAUGUGCCACGAUACUUGGGCAAACUGCCCUUCAGAGUCUGGAAGAAGAUGCAGGAGAUCAUCCAGAACACUCCUGUGAUUCUGGAUCCAAACACGGCUCAUCAAUGGCUCAUCGUGUCUGAUGAUUUGACCAGUGUGAGAUUCAGCGAGAAGAAUCAGUAUUUUCCUGAUAAUCCGGAGCGAUUUGACUAUUUUCGCUGUGUUCUGGGAUCAGAGGGUUUUAACUCAGGAACACACUGCUGGGAUGUGGAGGUUAAACAGAGUUCAUCCUGGAUUCUUGGAGUAACUACAGCAUCAAACCAGAGGAAGGGAUGGCGUUUCUUUAACACUGAUGUCUGGACUGUGGAGUAUCAUCAGGAUGGAUGGUCUCCAGAUUUUGGUUUUCGAGUGAAACGGAAGCUUGAUCGUGUGAGAGUGUAUCUGGACUAUGACAGAGGAACGUUGUCAUUCUCUGAUCCUGUAACUAACACACAUCUACACACAAUCACAUCCACCUUCACUCACACACUCUUUCCAAUCUUCAGUAAUUAUGAUUUAUCUUCCUCUAUGAGGAUCUUAGCGAUCAAUAGUCAGUAAUCAUUACCCCUGUAGGUGUGGAUUUUCCUGCUUUCAUCUCAAUAUUUAAUCCAGAUCACAAGAGUAAGAUGUGAUCUGAAACUGAAGAAACUGUCUACCAAUAGCUGCUCGCAUCAAAUUCAAGGUACUGACAUUUGCCUACAAGACAACAACUGGCGCUGCACCAAUAUACCUAAACUCGCUAGUUCAAACUUUUGCGCCCUCCAGAAGUUCUGCAAGUGAACGCCAUCAGAAAGAGGCAUAAAAUCACUCUCACGGACCUUUUCCUGGACUGUUCCCAGCUGGUGGAAUGACCUCCCGAUCUCAAUUCGAACAGCUGAGCCAUUUUCAAAAAAACAUCUAAAGACACUUUUUGCCAGCACCUGACCAACUUAUACUAGCACUUACCUAUUCUAUUCUAUUCUGUUUAUAUAUUUUUAAAACCUAGCUACGUGUACUGUGCUAGACUAACUGAGACUUGUCAUGACACUUGUAUACUGUUGCUCUCUCGUUGGUCUGAUUGCUUCUAUUGUUCUCCUCAUUUGUAAGUCGCUUUGGAUAAAAGCGUCUGCUAAAUGAUUAAAUGGAAAUGUAAGUGACUAAGAGACUGUUGAUCUUAAUAUCAGAUAAUAAUCACUCAGAAAACAAGUAAAUUUAUUCAUCUUUAAAAGUGAAAAAUUAUUAAAACACACAAAGCAUUAAAAUAAGUCAUGUUAAUCAUCAAUCAAUGAUGUGUCAUGAAUAACACCCUAGCAACUACAUAGCAACCAAUCCGAACACCCUAGCAACUAGCCAGAGUACCCUAGCAAUUGCAUAGUGAUCUGUGUGUUUGUGUGUGUGAGAGAGAAGGUUAUGGCUGCACAAUCAGUACAUGUAUCUGUACACCUCCCCCGCGUGAUCUACGUCCAUGCCUCCAUGUUAAUAAACUGCCCCUGUAGUUUAUUCAUUAAACAAUCACUACAAUUACAGACACAUGUACUGAUUGUGCAGCCAUAACCUUAAAUAUCAUAUACUAUCAAUCAUAAGCAUAUUACUCGAAUAUUGGAGUCACACCAGAUCUGAAAGCACUUUCCUCUUGCUGUAGAAAUAGACAUAUUCAAUGGUGUUUUUGUCCUUCAUGCCGUGAUCAACCACCUGAUUAAGAAGAGAUUGAAUAGUUAAUCGCUGAGACAGGGAUUGAAGGGGUGAAUUCAGUAAACAAACACUCUUGAGCAUCUUAUGUAAAUGCAGAAAUCUCCAUAUUGUUCACCGAACACUCAAGUAAGUACACACAAUCAGCACUGAAAUACUACAUAAACUGGUUCUGUGAAACAGUCGUGUCUGUUGCAGCACUGUAAAAGAAAAAAAAAGUCCUGUAAAUUUAACAAUAAAAUGCUGUUUUCACAUAAUAAGAAAACAUUUUUUUUUUUUUUUGCGAUGCAUUGUGGGACAUGUUGAUCAGCAACAGUAUGACACUUUUAUUUAACAGCACAAUACCAUAUUUUCCCUUGUACAUGUGCUUAUAAGAAGACAUUUUGGUUUAUUUGCACGAGGUCAUUUUGCAGCUCUGCCUUUUAUUGUUUUAUUUCUAAAGUGAUUAUUACUUUUAAAUAUUAAAGGGUUACACUUUAUUUUGAUAGUCCACUUUAGACAUUCUACUAACUAUAAGUAAUUUGUAACUACAUGUCAACUACAUGUCAAAUAAUUCUCAUUAAUUUACAACUAUAAUUUGUUGUAUGUUGUGGACCCAUCAAAAUAAAGUGUUAGAAGAUAUUAAGAAGACAGUCUACUAAUACUCUAAUCACUGCUAGUUGACAUGUAGUUGCAAAGUUACUUAAGGUCAAUUGUUGAAAUUUUGUCCGAAAUUUCCGCACGUUAAAAAAUAAAUACGACCUCACGUUGUGUCAAUCACGUUUACACACUGCCUCCGAAACUUUCGUCCAUCAUAAAAAAAUUCAGAUCAGGUUCGAUUUUAGGGGAGGUUCGAUCUAGCAUGCAUUUGAUAGGAAAGGAUGAGGAAUACGAAAAAACGGAAAAACGCACGUGAAAAUAUCGGACUCAGUGUGCAGUGACCUUUACUGUUAGUAGAAUGUCUAAAGAGCACUAUCGAAAUAAAGUGUUACCUAUUAAAGUUUAGACAUCCAAUUAAGCUUUUGGGAUUUAAAUUUGAUUUGCGAUUGGCGUUUUAAUCAGCAAGUUACCACAGGAGCAUGAUUCCUUUGUACAGACUGGCAUCAUAUUUUUCUAACCGGCACAUCCUAAGCCUUAUCCGAGUAAAAAAUUACUGUAGAAUGAUGUUUUUUUUUAUCUUACAAUUACAUUUUUUAUUACAAUUAAAAUUCAGUUACAAUUUUAGCGUGAGGUUCAAACCGUCCAUUAUCUUCUGGUGUUAUUUGCAACUGCGUUUUUGGUUUUAUCUGUAGGUUUUCAGAGUAACGUACUCUUAAAAAUAUUAAGAUACAUUAUGAAGAGUCAGAGAAGCAUAAUUUGAUGAUAGGACAGCUUGUUUUAACCAUGGAACAGUAAUCGAGCAAGAUAGCAUUGUUAGCUCAUUAGCACAUACUCACACUGCAUUUGAUUUGUUAUUUAAUACCGUCACACAAUUUAUGCAACAAACACAUGUCCCAAUCUUUAUCUAAGCAAAAGACCUGUGUAUGAAUAAAAUUCAUCAUUCUUGUGUGAUUACUGUGAACAUGUGUAUUCAAACCGCUGUGACUGCAAAAAUAGCAGCAUGACAGAUGGACAGUUGGAAUUUCUAGGUUUUAUUUUAUUUUUUAACUUUAUUUGAAUUUUUGUGGGGGAUGUCUGUAAUUAGUUAACUAAGCUAUCUAUUCUUUACAUUAUGUUUUCCUUGUACUUGUAGUUCAACUACUGAAGGCUGACCCUGUAGAGAAGCAAAGGACUCAUUCUUUAAUUAAAUGCAAGUUUGCCUAUUGUUUUUUACUUUAUUGAAUUGUUUGGGCUGGUUUGACUGUAAGCCAGUGGUAUGGCCUUAAAAUAUCUGCAUAUUGGUGUUAGUAGUGGCAGCAUGCUUUAUUUCUAUGGCUCAGAAUGAUUUAUCCUCAUUUCCUUUUCUGUUGAUGCAUUUAUUCCAGUAAGAACUCUGUUAUGAGAUACCACAAAGUCCUCAGACUCGUCGAGAGUGGCUCAACUAAGGCAGAUGCCUAUAGUAGCGUGGAGGUGGACUGAAACACAAUCGUCUAUCAAGCAUCAUUUGCAGAGCUGGCUGCAGUUAACCCUGAAAUGUACAAGGUCCUGAGAGCUGGAUUCAAAAAAGGUCAUAGCCUGCAAAAGUUUGCUGACAAACGUAAGGCUCGGUGUAUUUUGGAGCCAAAUGCCAGUCUCAUCAGUGCCAUAAAACAGGCCAAUGACUUGUUAGCAGGGCUGGGAAGGUUACUUUUAAAAUGUAUUUCACUACAGAUUACAAAAUACAUGCUUUAAAAAGUAAUCAGUAAUGUAUUUCGUUAGAUUACUCAGGUUUAGUAACUUAAUCUAAAUACUUUAGAAUACUUUGAAAUACUUAAGCUAUGUAACACAAAGGAACAUGAUGUCUUGUUUUUAUGUUUUCCAACUCUAAAUAAAAGUGACAUCUACCAGUCAUAAGAUUUGAGUUUUCUUUGCAUUUUAUUUUUAACAACAUUGGUUUUCCACAGCAUU